CGGAAAGGCCAGCCGCCCUCCGGGGCCUCCUGUCUGUGGCCUGGAAGCCUCUCCCAGCCCCACUCAGAGGGGCAGCUCAGGGCCCCCGGGCUCACCUGGGGUCAGACACUCGGCGUGCUGGCCGGCGGUGGGGGCGGAACCCACCUGUGGGCCCGCCUGUUCCCUGCGCUCCCAGCAGCUGAGAGGUCAGGAGCUCCACUCUUUAGGGCCUCCGGCCGGCACGGGACAGUGACCCAAACCUGAAGGCCAGGGCAGCCUUCGGGGAGACCUUGUCUGGGGACUGGCCUGGCUACCUCUGGGUUCACCUCGCUCCAGGCAUCGCAGCUACUUAGGAGCCUGGACCUUGGCCUGGCCCCAGUGCCGGCGUUUGCCCAGCCAGAAGCUCACAGGGCGCUCGUCCCUGGAAGCUGGCAGCUGGCAGACGGAGGACCCUGGUCCCGAGAACCGCGCGCGCCCACCGGGAUGGCAGCCGAGCUCCGGGAAGUCCUGGUGCUGCUGCCCCUGCAGGAGCGGCUGCGGCUGGCCGUGCGGGUGCAGGCCACGGGGCGUGAGCUCUUUCAGCAGGUGUGCGACCUGACCGGCAUCAGGGAAGCCCACUUCUUCGGCCUCAGCGUGGUCAGAAACAACGAGCAUGUCUUCAUGGAUCUGGAGCAGAAGCUCAGCAAAUACUUCUCCAAGGACUGGAAGAGAGAGACACGCGGACCCCAGGGCCGUGGCAGGCCGGGCGCCCCCUUCGUGGCCUUCCUCGGGGUGCAGUACUACGUGGAAAACGGAAGGCUUAUCAGGGACCGCGCGGCCCGGCACCUGUACUACCACCACCUGAAGGAGCGCGUGCUGGGCUCGCAGUGCGUCCACCGCGAGGAGGCCUACUUCCUGCUGGCCGCCUACGGGCUGCAGGCCGACCUGGGCAACCACCGCCGGUUAGCGCACGCCGGCCGCUACUUCCAGCCGCAGGCCUACUUCCCGCAGUGGCUCAUCGCCAAGAGGGGCAGCGCCUAUGUCCUCAGACACACGCCCGCCCUGCACCGCGAGCAGCGCGGCCUGAGCCCCCGGGAGGCCGAGCUGCGCUUCAUCCGGGAGGCUUGCCGGCUGGAGGACGUCCCCGUGCACUUCUUCAGGCUCUACAAGGAUAAGAAGGACGACCGACCCACCGUCGUCCUGGGCCUGACGCUCAGAGGGGUGCAGGUGUUCCAGGAGGUGAACCACACCCCACAACUGCUCUACGACUUCCCCUGGCCCCACGUUGAGAAGCUGGCCUUUCUGGGCGAGAGGUUCGAGCUCUGGCCACACGGGCAGCCCGCGGCCCGGAAGCUUGUGUACCACACGGGCUGCGCCUGGCGCUCCCGCCACCUGCUGCGCCUGGUCCGUACCAGCCACCAGCUGCACCUGGGCCUGCAGCAGGCGCGCCAGCAGCUGCAGCAGCUUGAGGAGGCGGAAGAGAAGCAGUGCUACCGGGAGUCCUACGUCAGUGACGCGCGGGACGGCACCCAGGACCCGGAGCCGGCCGGCAGCGGGGACCACGCAGGGGCAGACCAACGUCCCCCGAGUCUCUGCUCGCUCCUCUCGGCCGGCAGCUGCUGCAGCUCCCACGCACCGGCCUUCGAGGUCGACCCCCAGCGGGCGGGGCCCGAGGAGCCCGGCGAGAUGUCGGUGGACGACCCCGAGGGGGUCACGGCGCUCCCCAAAGAGGAGCCCCCUUGCAGCCCGAGCACCAGCCGGAGCAGCCCUGGCUGCGGCGGCAGAGCCUCCCCGCAGCAGCCGCUGGCCGUGGUGCGGGUCACGCUGGUCAGCAUGAGGGCCCCGAGGGCGGAGGCCACCCUGCACCAGAUCCUGGAGGCCAAGGCGGCAGCUGGACACGCAGACCAGCACAGCCGAAGCCUGGACCACACGCGCCCUGAGCCUGCCCCACGCCCAGCACCCCGCAGCCGUGCCCUCAGCCGAGCGCUGGACCCUGGGCUGAGGGGGUCCGUGAACUCCCUGUCCCCCAGUCGGCUCCAGAAGGACCAGCUCCCGGAGGAAUUUGUGGUGUAGACGCCUCCGGGGGCUGCUUCACCACCGGGGGGCUCGGUCCACGCCACCUGCUCCACCCGCCUGGGGCUCUGUCCCUGCAGCGUGGCUCCAUCCACUUGGGGCUCCGCCUGCCCCCCGGCUCAGUCCCUCUGUCCACCCGAGCCGCCACCCCGAGGCCCCCACCUCCCUGGCCACACUGAACGCGGCCUCUUCACCUGCACAGGUGUGGGCCAGCUCUGACUGCCAGGCCUGGAGGUGCCCAGCAGGCCUCACCUGCCCUGCCAUGGGGACCAUGGCCAGUCUGAGCUCCUUCCAUCCGCCUCCAGGAGGCAGAAGCCAAAGCUUGGGGGUCCGGUCCCCGCUCAGUGGGGUGUGUGCUGACUCCAACCUGCAGGGAAGGGGUCUUAGCAAGCUUCCCAGGAGCCUGAAGCUCAGGGUCAAUGUUGUGGUCACUGCACUGGCCACAGGCUCCCCAGCCCACCCUCUCUGCAGCGCCUGCCACUCAGUCCUGGGCCCGCUGGACAGAGGCCCCUGGGGGAGGUGUGGGCCCAGCUACGUAGGCCCAGACCCCUGGUGGACCCCACCCUGUCUGCUGUGUAUACAGGAGGCACUGGGCCUGGAACCGCAGGGCUGCGUGGACACUGGUCCCGGGAGCUCAUGAAUCUGGCGACAGGAAGUGGGAGGGGCAAGCUUGGCCACAGUUCCCUCUGAGGGGAUGGAAGGAAUGUUCCAGAAGGAAGCCUUGAGUGUCCUCCUUUUGCGUCACAAGUCAGGCUCUGAAGGAGGCCCCCUGCCCACCUCCAGCCCCAGUGUCCGUCCGGCCCCAGGCCAUCUAGAUGUCAGGCAGCCCUGGCCUCUGGUCGGGUCAGCCCCGGUCACCACAACCCUGGGCCGUUUGUGGCCACCGCCCCCUCCCCGCAUCAGGAGGCCGAGCCGGAGGUCGGGGGAGAUGGAGCGAGACCUCCCCCUGAGCUUCACCACCUCUUCGCUUGGCAUCACUGGCGGCUGAACGGCUGAGUGGCGUUUCACAGGGAUUUCUGGAAAAGCACGCUGAGAGACUUUGACCCUCGCUGGAGGCUGCACUGUGGGUGCCUGAGAGGCAGGUGAGGCCCAGCGUCCUGCUUGGUGUGGGCCCGCCGGGCGAGGGGCGCCAGGAAGGCGGGCUGCAGAUGUGCUGUCUCCCGUCAGAGUCAGGGCAGCCACCGCUGGGCUGAGACACGGCCCCGCCAUCCCACCCGGAGGGCCCUACGUGUGUGGGCCCUUGAAGCCGUCCACCUGAAGGCCGGUGCAGAGGGGCUGGGCUGGGCCCAGCUGGGGCAGGGACCCGCCUUGUGCUGGCGUUCUGUCUUCCCAGACGUUCUGGUGCACGUCUCACCUGCCUCCUGACCCCAGAUGGGCCCCUGCCUCCCUUCCAGAGGCUCUGGGGGGCCGCUCUGGACAGGUGGGGCUCCACUGGCAAUGCCAGCCUGAGGCAGGUGACAGGCACCUGGGUGCGGGCAGCGUGGCUUAACCCACUACAGGUCCUCCGGCCUUCCCCCUUGCAGCCCUCCGCCCUCUUUGGUUGCACUGACCUGUGUGGUUCCAAGCGCUGUGCCCGAGAUGGCACUGUCCCCCCAGUUCAGGAUGGAACCUGAGCCCAGGGGGCAGAGGGUGCAGCCCAGUCUUAACUGGGCCUCUGGGUCCUUUCUGUGAAAGGAGUCUUGUUUGUGCACACACCGGGCACAAAUAAAGAGCUGGAUGCUGGCCCGUGUCUGCACCUGGACGGCCCGUGCUGGGUGGGCAGGGAGGCGCGGCCACACUGGUGCCCAGUUGUCCUGGUGAAGGUUCCUGGAUUUCACCCUGUGAGGAAACAACUCUGUGUGGCGGAAGGAGCUUGGCAGGAAGGCCAGCCCUCACCAUUGGAGCUCACGUUGAUCUAUUUCCUUUUUUGAAGAAGUGUGACAAGAAACCCACCCUCACCUGUGGUGUGGGGUUGCUCAAGGGGCUGGCCAACAGGAUGACCUGGGCCAGUCAGGGCAGCCUCUCCCCUAGGCGGGAGUCACCCAGGAGGUCAGGUGCAGCCCGGGAAGGUGGCACACGGGGGCAGCCCUCCCAGCGCGCAGCGUGGUCAGCACCAGGGUCCGCUGUGGUGGGACUGGACCUCUGGGGCUGCCCGUCAGUCCUGGGAGCAGGGGGUGCCCACACGCCCGGCUGGGCUCCUGCAAACAGGGCUCCCAAGGACACCCAAUGCUGUGGCCACACAAUCAGGCAGCGAGGACGGAGGCGGGGCACCCGGAGAUCUCAGGUGGGGGCGCAGCCCUGCUUCUCUGCGAAUUCCUGAGGUCACACCGGGACGGUCCUCGUGGUAGGACACGAGGCCACAUCUGCCCUGAUCCGGGGUCCACGAUGAUCUUUUUUCCUAUAAAGGAGCUUGUGGGAGCGAGAGCCCAGCCCGAUGAACUGCUUUGCUGUCGCGCAGAGCUGAGCGUCAGGUUGGGGCCAGGACCCACACACACCCCUAGGCGUGCCCGCGUGUGCACACGAACGCAGGCGCAUGUGAUGAGUGGACACGGAGCAGAGGAGGAGGGACGCCCUCUUUAGAGCUCCCGCCCCAGCACGAGGAGUGGGGCGGCCAGCACAGGGCGCUGCGGCCCUGGGGGCGGGGCUGCCUUGGAGGGGGCGUGUCUGGGAAGGGGGCGGGGCUCGGGGGCCUGUUGGGAGCGGUGCUGUCUGCGGAGGGGCGGGGCCC